AUGGCGACGAACAUAUUUGCAUACAAUGCAUUGCCUGAUAACCUGUGCAAGAAUGGUAUGUUCGGUGAGGCAGACAGGCUUUUCAGUGAGAUGUUAGACAGGGUUCUGGUGCCAAAUGAGGUGACUUAUCUUAUACUGAUACAUGCACUUUGCAAAAGGGGGGUGAUGGAGGAUCCACUUCAUAUGUUUGAUAGGAUGUGGGAGAAGGGAGUCAGACUGACAGUUUAUCCAUACAUUUCCUUAAUUAAUGAUUGCUGCAAAACAGGAGGAUUUGGACAUGGCAGACGGCCUUUCUGGGCGAGAUGGCUAAGAUAG